GUUAAACCAGCCAUCUCCAUGCCAGUUGAAGAGAGAUCUCCUGCAUAGCAGGCGACUGUCAUAUUCAUAUUCAUAUUCAUGUUCUAUGUUCAAUGUUCAUUUUCUUCCGAUUUUACAAUAAACCUAAUUUCUAACAAAAACACCACCACCACGACCCUGCUUCCUUUUCUGGAAGAGCCCAAUAAGCCCCCUAGGUCGGUUUUGGCAAUAGGCUUUGCUACAGAGACAUACUGUUAGGUAUGGGCGUGGAUGCAGGAUGAGGCAUGCAUUUGCAUCCUGGUUUGCAUUUACCCCAAGCAUGACUGGGCUGGGAUUAUCUCCUGGCUAUAAACACAAAGUAACACUUAUCGCUUGCAUUCCCUCGAGUGUCCCAUAAUGACUUGUGAUAUUAUGAUAAAUAAAAUUAUAUUAUACUAUUAUAUAUAACCGUUAUAAGACGCCGAGAAUUGGCGCGCUGCCAGCCGCUGUCACCGAGGGGGAGAGGAGAGUUGACGGAGAAGAUGGCGGUUGACCUAGUUUCAAAGUUAAUACCGUUUACUUAGUCGGUGUGAAAAUGACCACACCCCGGCAACCCUAGUCUGAAUGUUGCAGUCAUGAGAAACAAAGGUGAGCUCAUUUAUUUUUUCAUUUACAUUUAGGGCAUUUAGCAGACGCUUUUAUCCAAAGUGACUUACAUUAGUCAGAAGAAAGAGAACAUAUAUCACUAUAGGUACAGUAAAGAUAUUCAUAGAGACAAGUGCUUAGUAUUUACAAUUGCUAGGAUAAGCCAUUCCCAUACAACAAGGUAGCUUGGUUAAGAUGCUACACAAUACUAAGUACUGGCAAAGAGCACAUUGGAGCGGUCUCAGUCACAUUGCAUUAUGAUGUUUUAUGGUAGGUGUUGUGCUUCUGUAGUUUUAAUUGUGUACAUCGCCACCGUUGCUGCUGCCACUGUGAUGCUGAAGGAAUUCUACCACACCAAAGAAUAUGGAAGAAUCAAAGCUAUUAGGUUUGGCAUUCAAACAAUGAAUCAAUCAAUCAAAAAUGUGAAGAAGUGUGACCUCUCUAAGGAUUGCCCUCUGAGCCACUAUGCACUCCGGAUCAAAAGUGGCGCAGCAAACGCUGUGGGCCCAAGCAUCUGCUUCGAAGGAGACAUUGUUAUGAGUCACGGUUUGAGAAACGUGGGGCCAGGACUCAACAUAGUGCAAGUCCAUGGUAACAACGGAACAAUUAAGAGGUUUGACUGCCUUGAUGCAAAAGAUGGCAUGCCUGGGGACACUUUAACUGACAUGAUAGAAAUUGUUCCAGGGACAAUCGUUUUGGUGGCAUCUUUUGAUGACGUUUCUACAAUGAUGCCAGAGGAGUUGAAGGAUAUAUUGGUUAGAUUAGGAAGCACACUAGUCAAACGGAUCAAAUACAGAGACACUUGGGUUUUCGCCGGUAGUUCUGGCAUGACCAGCCCAUUUGAAGAGCUAACGCCCAACGAUGAGAAGACCAACAAAUAUGGAGGCUGGCCUGCAAUGGCAGAGGUGUCCGGCUGUUUUCCAAGGACGUUUUGAUCAGCGGGAGAAGGUCACAGCGUCAAUUAUUAAGGCUUUAUUCAUAAAUCAGGAAUCAACUUUGGUUAAUGCAGUAAUAAGCAAUAAUUUGAUGUACCAUUAGCUUAUAGGGGUGGUGUGAUAUGGUUAGGGGAAGGGAUGGUUGUCUUAUGAUUAGGGUUCUAAAUAACAUCAAAAAACUUUAGUUAUUAUGAACAACAUUACCUCAGUUAACAUGGACACUAUUAGCAAACAUCAUCACCAUUAGUAGAUGAUUAAACCUGUUACUCAUUUGAUUACUGCAUGAACCAGUGUUAAUAGUUAAUGUAUAAUUAUUAUUUAGUGUUAACGAGACGUAAAAAUUGUGGUUUAUUUAUUAAAAGGGAAAUGUUCA